GCGAUUUGGUCACCUAACACAGACACACACAGACACACACGGGGGGAGAGGGAGCAACGUGAGUGACCUUGGUCACCUCACGCACACACACACGCAGCGGGGGCGGGGGGAGAAGAAGCAAGGAGAGUGACCUUGCAAAGGUAUCUAGCCACAGAGGACAGGAUUAGCAAACCUGAAACUUCUGUAAAUAUUUAUUCGGUUUUCCUCCCGCAUUUCUACCGAAGCUGCACGCUCCUCGCGCCUGCCUUGCCCAGUCCCCUCUCGGCUUUCUCCGCCACACAAAGUCCAACCCGUCCAUCUCCUCUUUGCAAACCUAGAGAACUUCAGUCCCCAUGUUGAAACUCGUCGGUGGAGGUGGCGGGCAGGACUGGGCAUGCUCAGUAGCAGGGACAGGUCUGGAAGGCGAGGAAGCCGCGUUUGAAGUCGCGCGGCCGUGAAUCGGGGGGACACAGGCCGUGGGGACCCCGGCCGGGGGUGCGCGGGGACCGGGUUCCACGCCAGGGGUGGGCAGGCUGAAGGCGGGAGCCGCGGGGCCGACGGGUGGGGGGCAGGGCGUGAAGGAGGGGAGGGAGCCGGUGGGAGAAGGGGAGGAGCGCCCGGCUCGCCAUCCGGCGUCGGCUCUGCGGCUGCUGAAUCGGAAGCCGCAGGGAGGAUCCGGGGAAAUAAGGACGCCCGAGAAUGACCUCCAGCGAGGCUGCCUGAGCCGGUGCCCGCGCGCUGCCCCGCCAGCCCCCAGCAUGGACGACGGCGGCGGGCAGCCGGAGCGCUCGGCCCCGCACGCCCCCGGGGCCCCCGCCGGCACCGCUGCCGUGAACGGGCUGCUGCACAACGGCUUCCACCCGCCGCCAGUCCAGCCGCCGCGCCUCUGCAGCCGGGGCCCCGCCGGCGGCGGCGACGCGGCGCCCCCGCGCCUCCCGCUUCUGCCCGAGCUCCAGCCGCAGCCACCGCCCCCUCAGCACGACUCCCCGGCCAAGAAAUGCCGGCUGCGGAGGAGGAUGGACUCGGGGAGGAAGAACAGGCCGCCAUUCCCAUGGUUUGGCAUGGAUAUCGGUGGAACACUCGUUAAGUUGGUCUACUUUGAACCGAAGGAUAUUACAGCCGAAGAGGAACAAGAGGAAGUAGAGAACCUGAAGAGCAUCAGGAAGUAUUUGACUUCUAAUACGGCUUAUGGGAAAACUGGGAUCCGAGAUGUCCACCUGGAACUGAAAAACCUGACCAUGUGUGGGCGCAAAGGGAACCUGCACUUCAUCCGCUUUCCCAGCUGUGCUAUGCAUAGGUUCAUUCAGAUGGGCAGUGAGAAGAACUUUUCCAGCCUUCACACCACUCUCUGUGCCACUGGAGGUGGGGCUUUCAAGUUCGAAGAGGACUUCAGAAUGAUUGCCGAUCUGCAGCUCCAUAAACUGGAUGAACUGGACUGUCUGGUUCAGGGCCUGCUUUACGUCGAUUCUGUGGGCUUCAAUGGCAAGCCGGAGUGUUACUAUUUUGAAAAUCCCACAAAUCCAGAAUUGUGUCAAAAAAAGCCGUAUUGCCUUGACAAUCCAUACCCUAUGUUGCUGGUUAACAUGGGCUCAGGUGUCAGCAUUCUCGCAGUGUACUCCAAGGACAACUAUAAAAGAGUGACAGGGACCAGUCUUGGAGGUGGAACAUUCCUAGGCCUAUGUUGCUUGCUGACUGGUUGUGAGACCUUCGAAGAAGCUCUGGAAAUGGCAGCUAAAGGCGACAGCACCAAUGUUGAUAAGCUGGUGAAGGACAUUUACGGAGGAGACUAUGAACGAUUUGGCCUUCAAGGAUCUGCUGUAGCAUCAAGCUUUGGCAACAUGAUGAGUAAAGAAAAGCGAGAGUCCAUCAGCAAGGAAGACCUCGCCCGGGCCACAUUGGUCACCAUCACCAACAACAUUGGCUCCAUUGCUCGGAUGUGUGCCUUGAAUGAGAAUAUUGACAGAGUUGUGUUUGUUGGGAAUUUUCUCAGAAUCAAUAUGGUGUCCAUGAAGCUGCUAGCAUAUGCCAUGGAUUUUUGGUCCAAAGGACAGCUAAAAGCUCUCUUCUUGGAACAUGAGGGUUAUUUUGGAGCUGUUGGGGCACUGCUGGAACUGUUCAAAAUGUCUGCUGACCAGUAAAGAUGAGCAGCAGAGGAAUAGGCUCCUGUGAGAACUGCUGCUCGAGAAGGUGAAAGCCACUGUGGGGAUGGAAGCCAAGCCAUUAUGGCAGUUAAACCUGCUGGAUUUGUAAAUAAUUUAAAAUCCUUCUAGCUGAUCUUUCACUCUUGGGUUUUGAGCUUAGGAUUCAAAAUGGGGAAUACAAGAGUUUUUCUGUAUACUGUAUUGAAAAAACAAACAAACAAACAAAAAUUGUGCAGCGUGGCCAAACCUACCAAUUUUGUGCAUUAACUUUGUAAAGUUGAAUGAUGUUUCAGGAGGACCUGAAAUUUAAGAGCUGUUUAUUUUUCUUCUGGGGUUUGUGGUAAUUUUAACUUCAUUUAGUAAUGACUCUAGGAGAUUUUACCUUUACUUAUAUUUUUCAUGACGUUUCAUGAUUUGCUGUUGGUUUCAAAUGAAACUACAAAUCUGGCAUGUUUUACUGUGAACAUUGUUUGUUUGUUUACCUUUUUUUUGGUCUUGUUUUUCUGUUUGAAUGUCUUAUGAAAAAAGAGAGUCCUUCACCCCCACUUCUGUUCUUGGGCGAUCUCCCUCACCCCACUGGCCCAAAUGAUAACCUUCCUUUAACAUAAUCGUUCGUAUUAAUCAAGGUGCUGACCAACUCAAUACAAGAUCUAAAGCUCUCAGAAGUGCCCAGGAAGAGAAGACUCUGAAUAUGUUAUUAAAUUUAAUGAGUCUGGCAGACAUUGAAAAUCAUAUGCAAUUCUGUCUUAUCCUUUAUAAAUAUAACAGAGUUUUGUUGGAUUUAUGUUAGGUUAUAUUAAAUUGAAAUGCUCUGUGAUGAAAUGUCCUUAUCCACGCAUAGCAUAGAAUGGCAGCAGGAAAUAAUUUUUCACAUCGGGAGACUUAGGGGAAAUCAUGGAUACAGCUGUCAGGUUAGCAAUAGCUAUUUUUUGUGUACAUGUAUGUACCUGGGAGCUUUGUGAAAAGGCAUCUUAUAAAUAAUAAUGUUAAAGUUUUUCAUUUUUUAAUAAUUUAAAUUUAAAACUGUAUUUCAAUCCCAGUUUCUAAAAUUAAAAAAAAAAAGUUACAAUACUGAUCUUUUUUUUUUCCCUUCCUUGAAGACUCCAUGGGGACUGAUGGGUAACAUUCAGAUGAGGGUCUUGUACAAAUACUGGAGCACAUAAGAGCUAGUGACUUAAAACAAACUGAUCUUUUGGGAUUGAACGUAUUGUCGAGAGGGAUUUUUGAAAGGCAGUACAGUUGUUCAAUGAUGAAUCUUUUCUUUCUGCCUUCUGAGCACCAUCUUUAACUUCCGUGUCUUUAAGUCUUGAAGAAGUUGAUGCUAAUUGAAGUAUUCACUUGUCUGGUUGAAAUAAAGCCCGUUUUUGUUGUGAUGUGUUUAGUGCGUAUGUUAUUUCUAUUUCUUAACCCUUUUUUCAUAUGAUCUGCUUUGUACCACAGAAUUCAUGUAUGUUGUGUUUUUGCUACUCUGCAUCUCCUAGUGUGAGGCUUUCAUACAGGUGGGGUUAAGGUCCAAAACACUGUGCCUUCAGUGGAAGCUGUAGCCCUAUGUAGGGAUUUUUUAAUAGCUUUAUUGUUCUUAUAUAACUAACUCCUUCAUGCCAAAAUGUCAAUGCUCUAUUCAGUAAUUCUGAAGGGGAGUGUAUUAUGUUUCAUGUGGUCAUCACAAAUAAAUUUUAUCAACUAUUGCCUGGCUUAAAAAAAUCCAAGCAACCAAGGUAUCCUUGAAAAUGAUAUGUGUAAAAACCUACAUGUUAUCUUUAAUGAGUGCCUUUUUGAUUGGUGUCCUCUGCCAUCUCUAAGCCUGUCUGUCAGAGAAGUGCAGACCUUGAAUCAUGUUCUGCAGAAAAAAUCAGGGCAAGUUAAUGUGACUAUGUAUGUUUUUAAUUAUCUGAAAUCACUUGAUCUCUUGUUAUAAAUAUUUAAAACACUGGUUGAGCUAAGAAAAUAAAUUAUUCCGUUAUACAAAUAUGAGUUAAAUUUUGGCUGUGUAUAGUAGCCAGCCCCGCCUCCCCGGCCUUUUUUUUCUGAAAAGGAACUUGUAGCAUAAGGAUUUUUAUAUUCAGUUGAAUUACAGAAACUUUCUUUAGACUCAGCAUCAGAAAGAAACUCAGAAACACUAAAAAAAUUUAUCUUGUAUUACAUGAAGUCAGAAUGGUCAGGUAGUUCAGAGCAUGGCUUUUUUUCCUGUGAGAUAACUUGGGUUUGGAUCCCAGCUCAGCCAUUUACUAACUGUGUGGGCAAAUUGCUAGCCCUUUCUUUAAACCCUAGUUUCUUCAUAUGUAAAAUGGGGCAAAUAAUUUUUAAUGCCAUAUUUAAAGGGCUUAGCACAGGGGCUGACACAUUGUAAAUGGCUCAUUUAUGUUAGCUGUAAUGGAAAAAAGAAAUGUUUUUAACUUAUGUCUUAGGUCAGUGCUUCCCAACCUGCUGGAGUGUGGGAAACCCUUUUUAGCAUGGAAAUAUUUCACAGAUUGCCACAUAGCUAGUACAUGUCCACAGUCCUUCAUCCACAAUUCCAAAAUCCCAAACCUUUAACAUUUGUCUUGAUAACAUGCAUGGCUGCAAAACCUGACUUGAACUUUAUUUAUUAUACUUAACAGAACUCUUCACAUAUUCUGUUGCAAAGCUAUUUAUAUAUUUGGUUACAGGAUACUUUCACAGACCCUGCUAGGGGUAUAAGUAGUGAACAAUUUUGGAUUCUGAAACAUCUGGCCCUAAGAGUUUCAGAUAAAGGGAUUGUGGAAGUAUGUUUUCUUCAGCUUAUACAGUAUACAUGGAUUCCCUUUGUUGGGAACCAUUGUUGUAUGUAAUUUAUACUCAAUGCCAUUCAGUCUACAAAGAAUUUUAAAAUGCUAUCUUAUGCCAGGAGGGAGCUGAGGAGACUAAGAGGAAUAGAAUACAACCCGAACAGUCCAGUGGGGGAAGACAGACACAUUUCAAACCAACACAUAUGAUAAAGCAUCACAGGUAUCCUUCAUUUCAUUCAUUUGUUUAUUGACAAAUAUUUUCAUCAGUGAACAAACCAGGACCUCACCCUAUUAGCAUUUACAUUAUAGAAGGGAAGACAGAUACAUUUCUAAAUAUAUAAUGUUAAAUCCUUAUCAGCACUACAAAGAAAAAUUAAGGCAGGGUUAGAAGUUAGAGAAGGGAUAGUUGCAUUUAUAAAAAAUGAGAAGGGUAGAACCUUCUUACUUUAGCAUAGUCAAAUAUAACCCCUCAUAAGAGAUGACCUUUGAGCAGAGAGUCAAAUGAGGUUCAGACCACACCAUGCAAAUGCCUGGGAGGAAAUUCUUCAUUCCUAGAGAAUGGUGGUUUUGAGGAACUGCAAAGAGGCCAGUGUAUCUGGAGUGAAUGAAGGGAAGAGUGGUGGGAAGUGCAGUUUCAGGAGUAGCUGUGGGCCAGGUCCUUUAGGAAAUCUGUAAGUAGGGGAUAAAGGCUGCACUUGAAGGAGGGAUUGGUCAGUCUUGCCAGGGAGGGGUGCUAGAAAAGGCUUCAUAGAGUCUUAAUCAAUAAGUAGUGACCCACCAAAUGGACCAGGAGGGAAGAGCCUCUCAAGCAGAGGGAGCAGGGUGAGCAGAAGCACCCAGGGAAGAAACAACCUGGCUUCUUCAGGGAGCUGGUUGUUUGCUUCAAUUGGUACAUGGUUAGUGAGAGAGAAACUAGAUACUGUGAGAGAAGAAACCAGGCAGAUUAUCAAAGGAUUGAUAUUCCAUGCUAAAUAUUUUCUGUGAUCAGUAUAGAGCCAUUAAAGAGUUUCAAGUAAAGUAAAAGUAGAGUUAAUCUGGCUUCAAAGUGAUAGAGUGAAAUGUCCUGUUGAAGUAAGAAAUGAACAAACCAGUUAUCGUGCUUUUGAAUACUUAAUACCAUUCCAUUAUCAUGUUUAUUUUAUUUCCUCUAUUGUGCCAGAACUCAUGAAGUAGCUGCUUAGUGGACCGUGUUUCUCUGUAAAACUAAGAUGGUUAUAUAAACUCUUGAGAAUUUUCCCAGAGGACAAAGGCUACUAAUAGCUACAACCAGUUCUGUUCAUUGAGCAGGAAGGUUUCAACACCCGUGAUCACCAUAAACUCCAUUUACUCCGGAGAAUUGUUUGUAGAGAAGGUGUUUUUCCUCCCAGUGAACAGAUGCCCCCACAUUUGUGAGAAAGAUUUAAUUAGUCAGCAUUGUCUACUGGUCUAUCAGAUGCUCAUUCAUUUACUCUUCAUUUAUUUACUUUUUGCUAUAAAUGCCUAUGAUCUGAGAGGGAUUGAGCAGCAUUCAGAAUACAUCUGUGAAUACGACAGCAAGGCCCCUGCUGUCAUUGGGCUUAUAUUCUAGUGAGGGAGCUAGACUUCAAGCAUAUAAACCAACAAAUAAACAAGGAAAUAUCAGUUUGCGGUUAAGUUCUAUGAAGGAAAGGACCAGGUGAUAUGAAGAGAGAAAGGAGGUGGUAAUGAGAUGCAAGUAUGAAUAAGUCAUGGCUUUAACUUUUAAGUAAUGACAGUCAUGUUCACCAUCUUUUCAUUCCUAUUGCCUCUUUAAUGAAAAGGAAAGACUUUUUUGAGAAACUGAUAGGUAAAUCAUUUUCUUUUUAUUUGACUUAUAAUAUUUAAUUUACUGUUCAUGUGUAUUUCAAAUUAAAUAUUACAUAAAAUAAUAUAUUAAUUUAGACAUAUGGCUUUUUUUCCUACUCAUUCAUUUCAUGAAACAAUAUUAUUUGCUGUUCACUUGGAUUUUCAAUGUCAAUGGCUUUGUCAUCACCGGAGUAAUUUAAUCAUUUCCAGAGUACAUAAAAUUUGAGACAUAGCACUUUAUGAAUCUGUAUAUGGUGUUGACACUGGAUUUUUUUUUUUUUUUUUUAAUCCAAGCCACAAUCACCUAUUUCUAUAAUAAGGUUGGUUGUUUAUUUCAUUUUCCAGAUGGUAUAUACUAGUGAUUGCCACAAUGUGACCAUUUAUAUAGAGACUUUUAAAGUCAACUUAAAAGGCUAGUUUAUAAGUAUUCAUCAAUAUUACAAUAUAAAAAUAAAAAGAAAAUUUGUGUUAAAAGUUCUUUGCCUCCUUUUUUUCUUUUUAUUUGUUUUAUCAGAUGAACACUGAGCAUUCUAAACUAGAAUUAAUUGAUGUGCUUUCAGUUAAUGUCUUCAU